UUCUGUUCAUUUCGGAUUUUACAUGACAUUCUGGAGGUGCAUGUCGGAAGUUUGAGCAUACAAGGUACUUCACGCCCACGAGCUCGGGACGGCUGCCAGGUCACGACGUGCUUUGUACUAUCACAGAAAACCGUCCGGCAUCAGGACACAGCAGAUCGCAACUUCGCCCCCAUAUGGCCACGAACCUCUGUGCGGAGUGCGGAACUCGCCUGCCGCGGCCUGAGUACAAGAUACACAUGCAACAAGUUCACGGCGUCCCAGUUAUGGACGAUAGCGACGAUGAUGAUCAGGCCAAGACGGCCCAGGGCUCGGCUUCGGCCGCUGAGGGCGCCGACGAAGCACCCCUCCAGCAGCGCCCAGGUCGCGGCGGCGGCCGUAACAACACCCGCCGCGAAAAAGCUGGUUCUGCUGCUGCCGCCGCCACCGAUGGCGACGCCAGCCCGGUAGACGGUGAUGGUGCUGACGCGGCGCCGCGCGCCAACGGCAGCCGUCGGCGUCGCGGCGGCAGACGUCCCACAGCUGGGGACGGUAAGGCUGAGGGAGGCGAAUUCGCCUGCUCACAGUGCGACCGCUCCUUCGCCACCUCUCAAGGCCUCAUGCGUCAUAACCAGGCCAAACACGCCGAAUCGGCUACAGCAGCGGCGGCGGCGGCCGUCUCGAGUGCCAUUUCGGCGCCGACGCCCGUGCGCCGCGGCGGCCGCCAGCGGCCGACAGGCAACGACACCGCGGCGGCGGCAGAAGGCGGCAGCAGCGCCAGAAGUCCGGUUGAGAACGGCGACGGGGGUCCGCAGGCAGCUGCUGCCGCCGGCGCCCCCGCCGCCGCGGCGGCGGCAGCACGUCAGCCGUCGCGGCGGCGGCCUCGGCAACCGCCCGCCGCGGCUCCGCCGCUGGAUCCUGAGGCCGCGGAAGCCGCCGCCGCCGCGUCUGCCGCGGCAAAGGCGGCGCUGGACGGGUCCCCAGCGGAACCGAAGCCCGAGCGCUUUGUGACGCUGCUUCGCUGCAAGCUUUGCGAGCAAGGCUUCAAGAGUAAGAACCGCGCUCGCAGCCAUGUGGGGGAGGUGCAUCGGGAUGCGGUGCCGCCAGCCAAAAACGAGGGUACGGAGGCAGCGGAGGCGAAGGCGGAGGGUGGGGCUGUGGCCGCGGAUGAGCUGUUGGAGCUUGUGCAGGUACCUGCCCGCCGGGCGCCCAGGGCCCCGGGCCGCCGCACUCGCAAGACCCGGGCUGCGGCCGGCGGCCCUGACGGGGAGGCCGUCGCUGAGGGGGGCCCAACAGACCUGAAGGGGGCCACGCGACCCGCAACCGGAGUGAGGAGGGGCGGAAGGCCCCCGAAGAAGGCCGCGGCGGCGGCGGCGGCGGCGGCAGCCGACGAGCUGGCACUGGAGGCGCCUUCGGCGCCGGAAGGCGUCUCCGCCACUGUCACCACCGCCGGCGGCGGCGGCGGCGGCGCCGCCGCCACCGGUCUCCGCCCCGGCGUUGCGGCCCUCAACGACGAGGAGCAGUGCCAGCUUGGCCCCCCUGGCGGCCUCACCACGGCAAAUGAGGCCCACAGCCACUACAAGCGCCAACGAGGCUACGGCUACGGUGCCGGCCUUCCCGCAACGAGCCGUCAAUGA